AUCAUUUCAUGGUAACUUAGAAACGGAAAGGAAGAAAUGGGGUGGUCAAACGGCUACGACAGUGUGUCACUGUCGGCUAUUCCAUAUCCAAUGAAAUCAGCACCCCAUUAAUAAAAUCUUAGGGAUCCUUGAUCAUCAUCACCAUCAUAGAGAAUUGCUGGAACCUGGUUUGUUCUGCUAAUCCAUUCGACAUGAUGGUGCAGAGAUGGAACAAAAAGAGGGCGCAUUUUCCUUUGAUUGUGUUUCUCUUUGGUCUCUUUAUUCUAUCUUCAAUCCUCUACAACGAACUAAGUAUUCGGCAAAUUCAUCAAAACCCAGAUCACGAUGAUGGUCACCGGUAUCAAGAUUCGAUCACUUCUACAACUAUGAAGCUUCCCAGCCGCCCAAAUCGAGUUCCAGAGGUUUUGGAUAGAUUCACCACAUGCAACUCCACUGUAAAGUACAGCGGUCGGAAAGGAUGGUGGGCUGACAGUAAACCGGGGCCAGAUCGCCGGAGAGGAACUUCGGAGAGGUGCGACAUGUUUUCUGGAAAAUGGGUCUUCGACAACACCUCUUAUCCACUGUACAACGAGUCUCAUUGUCCGUACAUGUCGGAUCAAUUGGCUUGUCACAAGCAUGGGAGGUCUGAUUUGGGAUACCAGUACUGGAGAUGGCAACCCCAUUACUGCAAUUUGAAGAGAUGGAAUGUGAAUGAAAUGUGGGAGAAGUUGAGAGGGAAGAGACUGAUGUUUGUAGGAGAUUCACUGAAUAGAGGACAAUGGAUAUCAAUGGUGUGCUUGUUACAAUCAGUAAUUCCGGCAGAUAAGAGAUCCAUGUCGCCCAAUGCUCCUCUCACAAUUUUCCGAGCAGAGGAAUACAAUGCCACCAUUGAAUUUCUAUGGGCACCGCUUCUUGUUGAGUCCAAUUCGGAUGAUCCAGUGAAUCAUAGAUUGGAUGAGCGGAUAAUGCGUCCUGAUUCAGUUCUUAAGCAUGCAUCCCAGUGGGAGCAUGCUGAUAUACUGGUCUUCAAUACAUACUUGUGGUGGAGACAAGGCCCUGUUAAGCUUUUAUGGAGUACUGAAGAAAAUAGGGUUUGUGAAGAACUAGAUGGGCUGGGAGCCAUGGAGCUGGCCAUGGAAGCCUGGGCGAACUGGGUGGCUACUAAGGCCAAUCCCCUCAAGAAGAUCUUUUUUGUGACCAUGUCUCCAACACAUCUGUGGAGCCGAGAAUGGAAGCCAGGAAGUGAAGGAAAUUGCUAUGACGAGAAAACACCUAUUGAUGAUGAGAGCUACUGGGGAAGCGGUUCAGAUUUGCCAACAAUGCACAUGGUAGAAAAGGUGGUGGGCAGGUUGGGUUCAAAGGUUACAGUUCUCAAUAUCACGCAACUCUCAGAGUAUCGAAAAGAUGGUCAUCCUUCCAUUUAUCGCAAGUUCUGGGAGGCACUGGGGCCGAAACAAUUGUCAAACCCCGCAAGUUACUCCGAUUGUAUACAUUGGUGCCUGCCAGGUGUGCCUGAUGUAUGGAAUGAGUUGCUAUUCCAUUUUUUGUAAGACAUUUAUUCAUAUUUGAUAUUUACAAUGGAAAAAAUUUAGAGUUUUUGAGUCUCUCCA